AAUUCCACAAGACCACAAUUCCACACCAAAAAAGCUACAAUAAAUCCCCUAAUAACAUCAUUAAGAAUGGCUUCUUUUCUAGCUCUUAUACUAUUUAUAUUAUCAACAUACUACUUUGAACCCAGUCUAGGAGUGAGAAAAUUAACUUCACUCUAUGAACCACAACCUAUGUCCCUAAAAUACCAUCAUGGCCCUUUGCUUCAAGGGCAGCUGCCCGUUCACAUCCUCUGGUAUGGCAAAUUCUCCUCUUCCCAAAAAUCCAUCAUAUCCGACUUCUUUCUCUCUCUUGACCGCCCUGCCCGAAAACACGAUCAAAUUGUGGGCCCAUCUGUUUCCCAAUGGUGGCAAACAGUUCUAACAUACAUGAAGAAUGCUGGUAAUAAAAAUGGAAUUCAUGUUGUUUUGUCAAAGCAGCAAGUUGACGAGGAUUGUUCCUUAGGAAAAUUACUCAAAAGGACCCAACUCGCUGAGUUGGCUCACCGAGUCAACUCGAAACACAGUGGGUUAACUCUAGUACUCACGGCCGAUGACGUGGCAGUAGAGGGGUUUUGUAUGAGUGGUUGUGGGUCACACGGGUCGGAUCCUAAGACAAGGUCCACAUUUAUAUGGGUUGGUAAUUCCGUAAGUCUGUGCCCCGGCCAAUGUGCUUGGCCUUUCCAUCAGCCCAUUUAUGGCCCACAAAGUGCACCAUUGGUGGCCCCUAAUGCUGAUGUGGGAGUGGAUGGCAUGGUGGUAAAUAUUGCCAAGCUUUUGGCGAAUACGGUAACAAACCCGUUUGGAAAUGGUUAUUACCAAGGAGAAGCUGGAGCUCCACUUGAGGCAGCUUCGGCUUGUACUGGGAUGUAUGGUAAAGGAGCUUACCCGGGUUAUGCGGGUGAGCUCCUAAUUGAUUCGAGUUCGGGUGCGAGUUAUAACGCUAAUGGGGUAAAUGGGCGAAAAUAUCUUUUACCCGCUUUAUUUGAUCCAUCUACGUCCAAAUGUUGGACAAUCGUGUGAAUAUUACUAUAUAUGGAGCGUACCAUUAAAGCUAUCCAAGGAGAAUGAGUAAUAAUAAUAUAGAUGGGAAUGGGAUGGAUAAUGUUGUGUAGUACAUAAUGUUAUGUAAUUAGACAUGUAUAUUAAAAUUUCUCGUUUACUAUUG